AUACAGAACCCGCAAGCUGCUGUCAGCAGAGCACAGACCGUCCAAACCGGAGCUGCGCGCUGCAAGCGAAGCGCUGCGGGAGGCGAGAAAAAGAGUCCAACCGAGCCACGCAUCCGCACCAAGGAGCGUGCGGAGGAAGAGGAGGAGGAGGAGGGCGGCGCGGUGGCAUCACCUGCAGGAAUCCACUUGAGAAGUCCGCAAGGACAGGAGCGGAAAAAAUGCGCUGAAAGGAGAUCUGUCACGAACUCGCUCAUUAACCAAAGAUAAAUCAGAGGGGAAACAGGUGGGAAAAAUCCGCCUCCGAUAAGUUUUUUCAUUUAAAAAUAAAGAGGAAAUCCAGCUGGAGAUGAAUACCAACGAUGCCAAGGAGUAUCUGGCACGGAGGGAGAUACCUCAGCUGUUUGAGAGUCUGCUGACAGGUUUGAUGUACUACCGGCCCGAUGACCCCAUCGACUACUUGGAAGGCUGUCUGAAGAAAGUCCGGGAGCUCGGCGGGACCGAAAAGGUGCGGUGGGACACUUUUGUGGGCCAGGAGAGGAAGUCCCUUCCUCCGCUCAACGGCGGCCAGUCGCGCCGGUCGCUCUUCAGAAACGUUUUGCCCGAAAGCCCCAACUUCCCCUACAGACGGUAUGACCGCCUCCCUCCCAUCAGCCAGUUCUCCAUCGAGAGCGACUCGGACCUGUCAGAGACGGCCGAGCUCAUCGAGGAGUACGAGGUGUUCGACCCGUCCAGGCCGCGACCCAAAGUCAUCCUCGUCAUCGGUGGCCCUGGCAGCGGCAAAGGAACACAGAGCCUGAAAAUCGCCGAGCGCUACGGCUUCCAGUACAUGUCUGUGGGCGAGCUGCUGAGGAAGAAGAUGAUCCACAACGCCACCAGCAACAGAAAGUGGAGCCUGAUCGCCAAAAUCAUCACCAACGGCGAGCUGGCGCCGCAGGUAGCCGAGAAACGGGGACAGAGACGUGUUGGCGGGGGGGCGGGUGAGAUGGACUAAAUAUUUUGGGAGAAA